AUACUGGUGUAGAUUGUAGGCUAUAGUGUUAUAGUUUUAUUUUUUUAACAGUUAACUUUUUUUGUGUGUGUGUUAUGGAUGUCAUUUGGAGAACAUUAAAAAAAAAAUCCGAAUAUUCAACCUGGAAGGUGGAAGGUGGCCGGCCGCCCGACUACCGCCUAGUGAGUUUAAGAACAUUGGAUUUGGGUGAGGGCAGUAUUGGCGUAGACGAAUAUGUCCACCGCUUUGAUUUGAGGGUCACACCAACUUGUCUUCUCCCUUUGUGUAUGAGGAUAGAUAUUCUAUGCACCUCGCUGCAACUUUAUUCUGCUUGUUCUUUCUGACUCCUUUUGAAAAAUAGGGUUUCUGUUGUCCAUUAUCCUGUUUGUCUCUUUUAUGUCUUUUGCCUAUAUCUUUUAGUGUGGAUCUUGAAAAAUAUGCAAUAUGGAUAUUGUUUGAUAGAUCUCGAUUAGUUCUAUAAUACAAAGUUUUCAAAAUUGUGAUAAACAUUAUAGAUUGAAAGAUAUAAGCAAUGAAAAAAUGGACAAUGAAAAUGGGACGGAGGGAGUAUUAGCUAGGAAAUUGGUGGAGAAGAUUGAGUACUUUUGCUUAAUUUGUAUUUCUGCUUCUAAAGAUGUAAAUCAUGGAAUAAGACUAUUAGAGUGAUGUUUAAGUGAUACUUCUAAAUUCCUGUAAUGAUUGCUGUUUUUUGGCUUUUUAUCGUGUUGAAUAUUUGCGAUUUUGGGCUCUGCUAUUUAGGCUCUCUCUGGCUAAAGGGCUCUUAAUAAGUAAGGGCCGACCUUGCUACAAUCCCUCUUUAGACAGCGAGAAAUAGAUAGAGUGAUAGAGAGAGAUGGCUGAUAGCAACAAAGAUCUUCUCAACCUGGAGAACAAGAAUUCGUCUUCUUCAACCAUAGAAUCAAAGCUUUUUGUCUGCAAAAAGAAUGAAUUCCGUCAAACUCAAAACCCGAAACCUAAACCCCCCGAUGGAAUGCCAUUCACUUCUUCUGUUCCCAAAAGCCAAGUUCUUGGAAAGGCAAAGGAUUUCUUAGGAGUCUUUUCAAAAGCAAAUAGAAGGUUGCUGGAUGAUGCAAAGGACAAUGCCAAGGACUAUGAUAUCGAGGCACUUACCGGGAACGAAUCUGAAUACAUUGAAAUGGAUUUAAUGUUGGGCGUUGCUGAUCUCCAUACACCUGAGGCUGUUGCUGCUGCUGAGUCUGCAAUUGCUGGUUAUCAACCAGUGAUUUCUUUGGCACUUAGCAGCAGCAGCAGCAGUGAUGAUGAGAGCAGUGAUGAUGAUGAGGGCAGUGAUGAUGACGACGACGACGACGGUGAUGAUGGUGACCAUUUGGCUUGCUCACCUACAAAAAUUAAAAGAUCGAAGCCUCUUGAAGGUGAUAAUUCUUCCGAACCUUCUGGGUACGAUAAGUCAAAAAAGCGACCAAAGAUUGUUGAGCUGUCAUAGAACUGUUUUGGAUUAAAGACGGCAGAUCUAAUGAUCACCGGAUCAAAAUUGUUGAAGAGAAUCAAAAUGUCAGAAACUGUUUUAAGGUACUGCUAGGGGAUGAGAGUUGGAUGUAGUUAAGGUUUAUGAAUGUAAGAAUGCUGCAAAAUGCAAAGCUGUGAGUGUAGAUGCUUGUUAGGUUAUCAUCUACUGAGAAAAUGCCAAAGAUGGAUUGUGUUUACGUCGAAUCUUCAGCAAACGCUAAAGCUCCUGUUGUAUCGAGUUUCUUUUGAUUUUACACGUAGUUGCAUUGUUUUAUUAUGUA